CGGGACCACAACAAGGGUGAAGCGAUUGAUGUAGACAGUGCAAAAGUAGGAGGAAACGGUGAGGAUAUCGAAGGAAGCAUGCGUUGUGGUUGUCAGGCGGGCGAGAGCAGUGGAGGGAGACACAUUGGAGGUCGCGACAUUCAGUACGGGGAGCGACAUGUGGAACAAGGUCGACAAGCAUCAUCGACAGAGUGCGAGGACCAGCAGCUGGAACAAAACGAACCAAAUACGAAAGAGGACGAAUCAGAGGACGAGAACAACAGAGACAGCGACGAUUUUGGUAAACGUGAAUCGAAUGAAGAUGAGGUAGAUGAUAAUGAAGAGAUUCGUGAAGACGAUGACGAGAAUGACGCACACUGCAGGAACGAGAAAGCAAUAGUUAUGCGAGGACGCGAAAAACGGGAUGCGUCAGAGAAAAGAAAGGUCAACAACCGCAUUAGUGACAACAUCCACACGUUAUAUGCGCACUCCAAAAUAGUGAAGCAAUUGAUGCGUUGCGUAGCGAAGGCCUUUUGUUUAUCUCAAGCCAAGGAUGCAGAGAUGUAUCCGCCAGUCGAUACAUAUGUGGAUGCCUUCAUGGGUCUCACCGAAUCUUUGGACCCGGAUACACGAUUCGUCGUAGAUCAGUCGAUGAAGAGCACAACACCGACAACACUUCGCACAAAGGGAUCAAGGGAGUUGACGAACAUCAGAGGAGAGAUCACUUACGACAUCGUCAGGGCUUUUUGGAGCGCCUCGUGGCUGCCUUAUCCAUGCGGAACUGUGAAAGAUCGUUUUGAAAAAGAGCGAGAAGAGAUGCGGACGAAAAUGGUUGAAGAUUCAUCAUGGAGAGUGAGAGGCGAAGCGCCAUGGGGCGCAACUGAGUUUAAGAAUGCAAUGUGAGAAGUUUUAUACAGAGAUUGGAAUGAAAUAGGUCGAAAUGG